AUGGCAUCUUUUGUCUCCUCCAUCUUGCACAAUUCUGCAAACAAGAUAGAAUCCAUGUCUUCAAUGGGAUCAAAACACAACCAGAAAUCAAAAAGCAGGUCCAAUGUGCGAAACAACAAUACUCAGCCAAAUCUGGGAUCAAGGCUCGCCAUGCACGCUUCAACCCCCAUCUUGCCCGCAAAUCAGUAUUACCAUCAUCCUCAAAUGAGUUACAGUGCCGAAUACAUACCCGCCCCUCCACCAUAUGACACCAUGCAGCAGCAGCAGCAGCAACAGCAACAGCAACAACAACAACAACAACAAUUGCAUAGCCCCACACCCACUCCAAGUACCUCAUGGACAUCAGAGAUGAGUGCUCUUGCCGAGAAAAUCAAGGAUGAUGUGACAAACACCUUCAAGGGCAAUAUAAAUAGCAGCAGCAGCAAGCAAAUAGGCAAUCUACCCAGUAACAUUGACCGCCAUAGUAUCUCUCAGGGAAUGAAACUUGUCUCUAUCGCUGCUGAUGAAUAUGAAGAAGGAAAUGAGUCUGUUGCGUUGGACAUCUAUUUGACUGGUGUUGAUAAGAUUCUGAUGGCUUUACCAAAUAAAACUGAUCAAAACACAAAACUGGCUAUCAGAGAAAAACUCCAGAGUGUUGAAGAGCGAGUUGGUAUACUCAAUCUCGCAACAUCCCAAAAGAAAAUCCAGCAAGAAGAAUUGCUUCAGGACGAAGAAAUCAAGAGCUCAGCUGUCAAUUCCUUUAUACUGUCAAGAAUUGCUUCUACGAUAAGCACGAUUAGCAGCAAGGCUUAUCAAACUGCAACGACUUCUGCACCCAUUGUUGAGAUUACAUUGGAUACUUCGUCUACUGCCAACUCGGAUAUUCAGACUGCCAAUGUUACGUCUGCAAUGCCAACCAUCUACAUCGAAGGCGGAGGUGAUCCUAUGACUCGCUUUAAACGAUUAGGUCAAUAUAUGAUUGAUAUCACAGUAACAUGUGCUGUCUUGGUCAAGCAAUCCCCACUUCCAGAUCUGGUGUCGUUUCUUUUCAGCUACUUGAUUCAACUGUUCCUUUGGUUCGACUCGCAGUAUCAUGUCAUGCAAAAAGCUCAGAACUUCGGCAUUCAAUGCAUCAAAUUUGGUUUACAAGCCGACGAGCGCUAUCAUCUGCAUGAAUUUCUGUCAGAAGGCCUAUACAUGCUGAUAGCUGCAGGCUUAAAAGCAGCUGUUGCAUUCAAUGAAACCCCACGCUAUUCUGGAAAUACAACUUCUGCGAGCGAGCAGAGGAUAUCAGGCACUAGUAGCAAUAACACCAAGCAUGCUCGCCAUCGAUCUGAACCAAUCGAUACCCAAGCAAAUACAUCGACUGCCAAUAAGAGAUUCGGCCAGCAGCAGCAGCAGCAGCAGCAGCAGCAGCAGCAACUACCACAAAGACCUACAUCUUCCUUCUCUGCUUCUACAAGCAGCAGUACAAUAUGCUCACCACAAUCAGCCCAAAAGACUAGAACUUCUUGGGUUUGGCCCUGGUGA